UGUUCUUGACAAUACCGGUAAAGUUGGUUUGAUUCUUGAAAGCUCCGCCCUUUCCUUCGAUGCAUUCGAUGAUUUUUCCCCUCUUUACAACAAUAAGCCAACUCCAUUUCAUCAUUCCCUUCUCCCUUCUCUCUUCAUUUCUCUCCACUUUUCACGCCUAAACAAUGUCUCACUCUCACCUCCUCCAAACUUCCUUCAUUCCCGCCGCCCCUCCGUCCCUCCGCCGCCUCUCCGGAUGGCCUGCUCCCCUCCCCCGGACAACCCACCUAAUUCAGUCCAAGAUCCGUGAAAUCUUUAUGCCGGCCCUCAGCUCCACCAUGACGGAGGGAAAAAUCGUCAGCUGGGUCAAAUCGGAGGGUGAUAAGCUGUCCAAGGGCGAGUCAGUUGUGGUGGUUGAGUCUGAUAAGGCGGAUAUGGAUGUGGAAUCUUUUUAUGAUGGGUAUUUGGCUGCCAUUAUUGUGGAUGAAGGUCUUUCUGCUGCUGUUGGAUCCACCAUUGCUUUACUCGCCGAGACCGAGGAAGAAAUCGCGCUUGCCCAAUCGAAGAAAGGGUCUUCGUCUGCCCCCACAUCAGCGCCGGCUACCGAUAAGAAUGAUGCUCCAAAAGUGUUGGACGAAAAGCCGAGCCCUGUUGCCGCUGCUACAACAGCUCCAAAAGCUAGUCUUGGCAGUGCUGCAGUCGGUGCAUUCGGGUCGGCUGUGCAUCCGGCGUCUGAAGGGGGAAUGAGGGUAGUGGCUUCUCCUUAUGCCAAGAAACUGGCGAAGGAUUUCGGGGUCGAUUUGAAGGGGGUAGUUGGGAGUGGACCGAAUGGUAGGGUGGUGGCUAAGGACGUGGAGGCUGCUUUGGCUGCUUCAAAAGUGAGCGGUGCUGGUGCUGCAGCAGUCGCCAGUCAGGCGGCUAAACCGAGUGGUGUAGAGUUGGGUUCGGUGGUGCCAUUCACCACAAUGCAGAGUGCUGUGAGCAGAAACAUGGUGGAGAGCUUGGCGGUGCCGCCUUUCAGAGUGGGCUAUACUAUUACCACAGAUGCACUUGAUGCUUUGUACAAGAAGAUCAAGUCUAAGGGAGUGACAAUGACAGCAUUGCUUGCCAAGGCUACUGCUCUUGCUUUGGUGAACCAUCCUGUUGUAAAUUCUAGUUGCAGAGAUGGCAAGAGCUUUACAUAUAACAGUCAUAUCAACAUUGCAGUAGCAGUAGCCAUAGAUGGUGGUUUGAUUACACCAGUACUUCAAGAUGCUGACAAGAUUGACAUAUACUCAUUAUCAAGAAAGUGGAAGGAGUUGGUUGACAAGGCACGAGCUAAGCAGCUCCAACCUAAUGAAUACACUACAGGCACCUUUACUCUAUCUAACCUUGGAAUGUUUGGUGUGGAUCGCUUUGAUGCCAUCUUGCCACCAGGAACUGGUGCUAUUAUGGCUGUUGGAGCUUCUCAACCCACUGUUGUUGGUACUAAGGAUGGUCGUAUUGGCAUGAAAACUCAGAUGCAGGUAAAUGUUACUGCAGAUCAUCGCGUGAUAUAUGGUGCUGAUCUGGCUGCUUUCUUGCAAACCUUAGCUAAGAUAAUUGAGGAUCCCAAAGAUCUUACUCUUUAGAUUCAUCUCAUCCUGGAAGAUUGAAGCUUUUGUAGCAUAUUAGUUUGUCGGUGAGCUCCAAGGAAUGACCACCUUCACAGAAGAAUCAAGAUGCUAAUGUCCUCGGACAGUGAGCAAUUAUCAGGAAUCAAAUGAAAGAUUUUUAACAGGUAAUCUGCGGCAGCAAGUUCAAAUCGUCACAUAGAUAAAUCCCUGGGUGUCUCUGAUUAGAAGUCUAUCUAUUGCUUUUACGGGAACAUUGAUCUUUUGGUCUGAGUUCAGAAGUGUUUUGUAUUAUUCUUACGGGAUACACUGAUCGCGUUGAUUUUGAGAUGGUUAUCAAGUUCUAAGUUCAGUUGUGGAUCUCAGAUGUUUAUGACACUUGAAGUUCAGUUCUCUGUUUUCAUCUUCAUUUUAUGAUUUUAUCCAUUGGAGGCCAUUUAA